AUGGAUGAAGGCAGCAGCCAGCCGUCUGAUAACAGUAUGAUGGACAGCUCUAAAGAAGCUGCACUAUUGGCCCUGAUGGACAGAACAGGCUACAGCAUGGUUCAGGAAAAUGGUCAGAGAAAGUUUGGUGGUCCACCUCCAGGUUGGGAGGGCCCUCCUCCUCCACGAGGUUGUGAGGUGUUUGUGGGUAAAAUCCCGAGAGACAUGUAUGAAGACGAGCUAGUGCCUGUGUUUGAGCAAGCUGGCCACAUCUACGAGUUUCGUCUGAUGAUGGAGUUCAGUGGAGAGAAUCGUGGCUACGCCUUCGUCAUGUACACCACCCGCGAGAAAGCCCAACGAGCCAUCCAGCUCCUCGACAACUACGAAAUUCGGCCCGGGAAGUUCAUUGGAGUUUGUGUGAGUCUGGAUAACUGUCGCCUUUUUAUCGGCUCCAUCCCGAAAGACAAGAAAAAGGAGGAGAUCCAAGAAGAGAUGAUGAAGGUGACUGAAGGGGUCAUGGAUGUGAUAGUGUAUCCCAGUGCAGUGGACAGGAUGAAGAAUCGUGGCUUUGCCUUUGUUGAGUAUGAAUCCCACAAGGCAGCUGCCAUGGCUCGCAGGAAACUAAUACCAGGUACAUUUCAGUUGUGGGGUCACACCAUCCAGGUUGACUGGGCCGAACCAGAAAAAGAAUUAGACGAGGAAACCAUGCAGCGAGUUCGAGUUCUUUAUGUGCGUAAUCUAAUGCUAAGCACCACGGAGGAGACGCUUCGCUCUGAGUUCUCUCAGCUGAAGCCUGGCUCUGUGGAGCGUGUUAAGAAGCUGACGGAUUAUGCCUUCAUCCACUUCUAUAACCGCGAGGAUGCCCUAACUGCUCUUGAGUCCAUGAAUGGGAAAGUUAUUGAUGGUUCGCCUAUCGAGGUAACUCUUGCCAAGCCUGCUAGCAAAGACGGAAACAAAAGAUCUGGGCCACGGAGCUGCCACAAUGGAGUGACCGCUGUCGGAGGCUACAGUGAUUCCAACUUCUUGUUCCAGACCAGAAAUGACAUGACCAUCGGAGCAAUGGGCGAUGGGUUAAGCGCACACGCUCUCAGCCUGCCAUAUGCAGUGGACUUAGAUCGCUGUGUGUAUCCCUUCUUCCCAGGGUCCACUUUGGUCCCAGUCAGCCUGAACACCCUGAAGCCCAGUCAGCUGAGCUCAGCUGUAUCAUUGCUGGAUUACUACUGCCACAAGAAUGACUGGUCUCUGCCGGAGUAUCACCUCUACUCCCUUGCCGGACAGGAAGGAAAAGUAAUGCUAAUCUAUAAAGUGGUCAUCAGCAGCACCAGACGAAGCUUCAUGUCUGAUAAAGUCUGCACUAUACUGGAGGACGCCAAGGAGCUUGCGGCUCAGAAUGCACUCUGGAACUUAGAUUGCUCUGUCAGCUCCUCAGUGAAUGUUUCUCCACCUGCACCAUCUGGGUCUGGGUUCCUGUCCUUUGGCUGCAGGUCUCUGCCCUACCCAGCAUACCCCAUGGCCUCAAUCUCACCCCCCCUGCCCAUUUCCUGCUCCUCUGCCCAAAGACUCUUCAUCCCCAACCAGUCUUCAUUCCUUUAGUCAAGAAGUUACUUUGCUUACAGCGUGUUUCUUAACGUUCAUAUGAGUCGUUUUAAUUGUUUUUGAUU